AUGGGAAAUAAAUCUUCAUUAUUAUUGCGAGAGGAGGAAAUUGCGCAAAUUCAAGAAGAAACGGGUUUCACGCCGAACCAAAUAGAACGCUUGUACUCCCGUUUCACAUCGCUGGACAAGAACGACUGCGGAACACUGUCCCGCGAGGACUUCCUGCGUAUCCCCGAGCUGGCGAUUAACCCGCUCAGCGAGAGGAUAGUGCAUUCCUUCUUCGCCGAGAGCCACGACGACAGAGUUAAUUUCCUUCAGUUCAUGAGGGUGCUGGCCCACUUCAGGCCGAUCAGGAAGAACCGCGAGAACAAGCUUAACAGUCGGGAGGAGAAAUUAAGAUUUGCCUUCUCGAUGUACGAUUUGGACAAUGACGGUAAAAUCUCCAGGGACGAAUUGCUGGCCAUCCUUCACAUGAUGGUGGGGGUCAACAUCAGCGAGGAGCAACUGACAAGCAUCGCCGAGCGCACGAUACUGGAGGCGGACACGAACAACGACCAGAUGAUCUCCUUCGAGGAGUUCUGCCGCGCGCUGGAGCGGACCGACGUCGAGCAGAAGAUGUCCAUCCGCUUCCUCAAC